UUUCCUCCAAAGAAGUCUUGAAAACGUCACAAUUAUCUCCAUAAACAAAGUAGUUAGGCUAAAGAAGACGGACAUAUUUUUCAAGUAGACAUAGCGAUGAUAGAUGAUGGAUUACGAGAAAGUGUUGGAUUUCAGUGACACCGGUGAGACAAAGCUGCAGAUAUUGAAAUUUUCGUAUAACUGGAUUGAUGAGGUUGAGCGACAGGAGCAACAGCAGGCUAUGGAGCUAGAGGAAGCUGAAAGGACACGCAACAUAAAAUGCAUUAUAAAACAAGUUCAUGGCGAAUUAAUUGACGUGAUAUCCAGAAAAACACGUGUAACCGACAACGUAAAUGAGGACAUGGUCCGAAAACGGGAAAUGAUGGCUGCUGUGCAUGCAGAGUUAAUGACCCUUGAAAAAAAGAAGGCAGAAAAUUUCAUUAAGAAUUACAUUGGGAACAUUAUACUGGCUGCAAACGAGAAGCUACUGAAUGAAACUUCUCGGGAAUAUGUACACCGUGUGAUUGUGCUGGCAAUAUCAAAACUGAAAAAAGAAAUUCAAAAGUCAACAAGAGUUUCCUCGAAAGUGGUCGCAGAGCAAAUUCAGCCAGAAACAGAUACAAAUUUAGAAGAUUCCAAACCCAGAAAGAUCGUUGAUACAAACGAUUAUUUCGAUUAG